UUCACUGUGGGGACACGUGUGAAGUGCCCGUCGUUGAGCUGAGGGGAGAAAAAGAGCAGCAAACUUCUGUUUUCAGACACCCUGGUCUGAUUUUUGGGGCGUUUUGUUUGUGGGAAGCUUCGCCGAUUAAGUGUACAACAUGGUGAAGCCUCAGUACAAGGGAAAAUGCUCGAUAAACCCCUCGACGUCCAGCUCCAACCCCGAUCGACCCAAAGGGGCAGGUGGGAACAACAUGAGGGACCGAGCCACCAUCAACCGCCUGAAUAUGUAUAGGCAAAAGCAAAGAUGUAAUAAACAUGGAAAGGUCAUCAAACCCUUACAGUACCAGUCCUCCGUUGCUUCAGGAACAGUAGCCAGAGUUGAACCUAAUAUCAAAUGGUUUGCAAAUACCCGUGUGAUCAAGCAGUCGUCACUUCAGAAGUUCCAAGAAGAGAUGGAAACAGUACAGAAAGAUCCAUAUCGUGUUGUAAUGAGACAAAGCAAACUUCCCAUGUCUCUGUUGCAUGACAGAGUUAAAGCCCACAACUCAAAGGUGCACAUUUUAGACACAGAGGGCUUUGAGACCACAUUUGGGCCCAAAGCUCAGAGGAAGAGGCCCAGUCUGGUGGUUGAAGAUAUGAAGGAUCUCGUGGAACGAGCAGAGGCUUCAGCUCUGAGCUACAACGCAGACAAAGACAAAGACCUGGUAACAGAAGACACAGGGGUCCGAGAUGAAGUACGGGAGGAGAUUUUCAAAAAGGGUCAGUCCAAAAGGAUCUGGGGAGAACUUUACAAGGUUAUCGACUCAUCUGAUGUUGUCAUCCAAGUGCUGGAUGCCCGUGACCCCAUGGGAACACGCUCCAAGAGCAUUGAGGCGUACAUGAAGAAGGAGAAACCCUGGAAACAUCUGAUCUUUGUGUUGAACAAGUGCGACCUCAUCCCCACCUGGGUCACGAAACGGUGGGUAGCUGUUUUGUCCCAGGAGUACCCGACUCUGGCUUUCCACGCCAGCCUGACUAACUCCUUCGGUAAAGGCUCUCUCAUCCAGCUCCUCAGGCAGUUUGGAAAGCUCCACACAGACAAGAAACAGAUAAGCGUGGGUUUCAUCGGCUACCCGAAUGUAGGAAAGAGCUCAGUCAUCAACACACUUCGGUCUAAGAAGGUCUGCAACGUGGCACCCAUCGCAGGAGAAACAAAGGUGUGGCAGUACAUCACUCUGAUGAGGCGCAUUUUUCUCAUUGAUUGCCCCGGUGUUGUCUACCCAUCAGAGGACAGUGAAUCUGAUAUUGUCUUAAAGGGGGUGGUUCAGGUAGAGAAGAUCAAGAACCCAGAAGACCACAUCGGUGCAGUACUGGAGCGAGCCAAGCCUGAGUACAUUCAGAAGACUUACCGUGUCCCUGCGUGGAAAUCUCCUGAAGACUUUCUGGAGAAGCUGGCAUUUCGAACUGGAAAACUUCUGAAGGGAGGUGAACCUGAUCUCUCCACAGUCUCCAAAAUGGUGUUGAAUGACUGGCAGAGGGGACGUAUCCCCUUCUUCGUGAAACCUCCUGGACCUGAGGGGGAUCCGGAUAAUGAAACCCAACUGGCAGUUGAAGCAGCACCAGUUCUAGAGGAGAAUGUGCCGGAGGAACAGCCAGACCUUCCUGAAACGGUCUCAGCAGAGCAGAAGGAACAGUUGCAGAGACAGAAGGAGCAGGUCCAGAAGAUCCUCUCCAACGUUCGACAAAACUUCGGAAAGAUCAACGUGGCACCGGAGUUCAGCGAGGAGGACCUUGUACCAGUGGAGUUGCCGGACCUGGACAUGUCUGACGACUCUGGAUCAGAGGCUGAUGAAGAUGAGGGUGCAGAGGAGGAUGAGGCCAACGUUGAGCCAGGAGAAGAAGAGGCUGAGGCUACAGCACCUCAGACUGAGAAGGCAAAUAGCAAAAAGAGUUCACGGGAGGUGAUUCUUGAACUCGAUGAGAAAAUUGCCAAGUACAAGCAGUUUCUGGAUCGAGCCAAAUCCAAGCGCUUCUCUGCAAUCAGAAUACCAAAGGCGCUUUCUGACAGACUGUUCACAGACAUGAAGACUAAACAAGCAGCAACCAAACAAGCACAAAAGAGAGGAAAUCAGUCAACAGCUGUGAAACAGAAAAGCAAGAAGAGGAAAACCGAGAACGUGGAUGAGUCCACAAAAACCCUCAAACUUACAUCAAAACAGAAACGAGCAAUGGAACGUGCCAACAGGGUGAAGAAAGUUGGCACGCGUUAUUAUGAAACUCACAAUGUGAAGAACAAGAACAAGAACAGGAAGAUCCCAACAGAAGGUCAAAGAGCUAAAAGAUCAAAGCACUAGACUUAAAAAAAAUACUUGAUGCCUGUAUGUAAUUUAGUCAGAAUGAGUCAAUUUUAUUGAAACGACAAAUUAACAACAACUGAAAAGCUAAAUCUUAAAUGUUUUUUGUCGUGGCCAUGUGAUGCCUUGUGUUGGCUGCAAGAAAACCAUUUCCACAUUGCCUUUCCAGCUUUUUCUCCUUUCAGCUGGGAACGGUUUCAAAAUCGUGCGAUUCAUUCAUCAUUCACAAGUGUACUGCUCUUCUUGAUGUUCAAGAGAAAUGUGCAGUUUGUUGAUGGUUUGACUAUACAUUAUAAAAUGUUUGCAGAAAACAUUCAGCCUUAAUGUAUCAGAUGGCAAAAUAAGACCAAUUAUAGAAGUUAUAAAAUCCUGUAUAAAAA